UACAAGACCUUUAUUGAAAACAGUAAAUAAGAGAAACUGAUAGACUAUGCGCUACUAACAAUCUUAAUAAAUAUAUGUAUUUUCAUGCUAACAUAAAAUGACGCAGGGAUUAUCUAAACGUAAAAGUCGUUAAUUUUACGCCUUCUUCCUCGAAAUAAAACAUUACCUUUCCGAAAAACAAGGAUAUGUUUUCUCUUGACUUCACCAGAUAUUUUGUUUCUAUUCUGACAAUGUUAUUACUAAAUAUUUUCCGCUUUUGGUAAUGAUAAAUAAUUAGUAAUUAGUAGUUUGAGGUAAUAUUAAAGCAUCGACAAAAAAAGUUUUCCUAGAUGUUCUGACCUUUUCAUGACCCUUUGUCAUACCUAGACAAUUAGUCGAAAAUUUAGUCUCACGUCAAAGUUGUAACAAAAAGUUUCGGUGAGGUGAUACCAUUGGUAAGUUCAUGCUCUGUGUCACUUUUGACCUAUACUAAUUUCUUCUGAUCAAUUCAAGAUCGUUAAACAUUUAAUGUCAUGACAUUUUUUUUCAAUUUUUUUUUAAUUACGAAACACAUAUAUAAAAGACAUUUAUACAACGAGUAGAAAUAAAAGGAAAUUUCUCAUGAAACAGUACAUAGCUUAGCUUGUAACUAAAGAACACGUCAUGAAAAACUUAUCACUGCUCAUUUUGCUUCUACCUUUGAUAACUGUGUCAGCAAUGGACGAUUGGGUAGUAUUUUGCAGAAGAUUGCAUCUCAAAUGUCCAGUAUGGAACAUAAAGUGGAGAUCGCAUGUGGUAAAAAAACCUCCAAAGAUUUAUCAUGUAGGGCAUCAUGACUUACCUGAGAGAACAAGCAGUACUUAUAAAGGACUGAUCCUCUCAAAAAUACCUUUCCUGAAGAAUGCUUUAAAGAAACAUAGACUUAACAGAAAUCAAAAACGACAACCGAAAGCCACAUUAAACUUGUGAUGAUAUAAGCAUAACAAUGCUGUGUACAAUGGAAGUGUACUUGUCAUCUCAACUGAUAUCUUGGUAGCUUGUACUGAAUAUCUUGUUGGCCCUUAAAUACAGCUGAACUUAUUUUUACAAGACCCUCAUUGAAAACAGUAAAUUGCACAAGCUGAUAGACUAUCCGUAUGUUUAACUAGAACCUCGAUAGAUAAUCUUGUUCUAAAAAGGGAUUAUCAAACCCUGUACAGAAAUUAGGACUGUUGUAAAGAAAGUCAGUUUUGUUCUUACUUGAAAAAAAAGUCCAAUUGAUGACUUUCAUGUCUGUGUAUUUCUA